UUGAAAUCAAAGCGCCUGUUUUCACUCUUGCGUUUCAGUCAGAUGGGCGAGAACUUUAAGUCGGAAGAUAUACUUGGAUUUAAACUUGAUAGAUGUAUUUCCGAUACCUUGAUUAAGACAGGUGCUGGUUUAUUUGGGGGAAUCAUAUUUUCUGUGGUGCUUGCUAAAAGUAAGUUCCUGUAUUAUAUAACUUGCCUAGGGCGUCCAUGGCCACUUAUCUUCGGGACUGGUUUUGGUCUCGGGAUGGGGAUUUCCAAUUGUAAUAAUGACUUUAAACAACCACUUCCUUUAGUUUCUCACCGUAUUGUGGUAAGUUUUUCUGACCUUCAUUGUGGAUCGUUUCAGAGUUCAAAUCAAGUUCCGGAUGAAAAGAUAGACACAUAGUAUGAUGGAACAACACUUCUAGUCUGUAUUUAAACCAAAUUGUAUUUUUAGAAAUGACUUUCCACUCGUAGAUUGUUAUGUGAAUAAAGUAUAUUCUAAAACUCCAAGUUCUGUUUAGAUCUAAUUAGUAUUAUUGUAACAUGUUUGGGGUGCAUGUAUGGGUUUCUUAUUUUUACUACACCAAGCGAAGUGCGUGUCAUGCAUAAAUAAGCCCUAUUUUAUCCAUAGUUAGCCUGUCAAAAUAAUUUUAAUAAUUAGUUUUGGCUGGUUUUGUUGUUUGGUCACUUUCGACUCAUAUGGAGAAAUUCAAACACUUCACUUCUAUCUGAAGUUUGUGCUGAUGAUGUCGUUCAGGAGAAAGAUGAAAGCUCCACGACCAAACCAUCCAGCUCAGAGAACAAAACUCCACCAAAAUCAUCCACCUGAGCUACAAAUCUUCUCCACCAUCUCACUUUCGACUCAUUGUUACGCCUUUGUUUAAUGUGUUUGUUUUGCAAACAAUGUAGGCCAGCAGAUCAUCAAAGGCAUUGUUUUGACGUUGGUAUUUUACAAUCCGAUGACACGAUAACUUGUAAUAGGCUUUUAAGUAAAAUUAUUUUAACUCAUCUAUGCUCCAUUACUUAGAUUUUAAUAAUACUUGAAGGCAUAAUGCGAGUGGGGAAAAAUUUAUUGGACCGGAUUUGCCUUAGCAUCAGAUGCAAAUUCAGAUUUAUGUAUGAAGGAAAGAAGCUCGAAAGCAUGACCUAGUUCUCCAGGAUACUUCUGUAUGUCUGAUAUUCUCUUAAGUUAACUACCGGUCGACCCGAAGA